GCCAUUCUCAAUCAUCCUCUAUCAUAUACACACGCGAGUAGAAGCCGUGAAGCGUAGAUUGUAUCUUUCACCAGUAUUAAAAGUAUAUUUUUUUUUUCUUAACGAAAACUAUAGAGAAAAAUGUGAAUAUAAUUGAAUCAAUAUUUAAACUUAAUUGCCAUUAAUUAUUUCAUUACUAUAUUAAUUUUAUUAAAGUGCUUUUGUAGUUAACAUAAAAAGUUUUUUGUGAUUGUACCGCGUGCUUGCGGUUGAACAACCUAAAAACAAAUUAUGGCUAACGUAUCUCUUGACAAAGAAACAUUUAUUCGGCGCAUGAAGCGUCUUUAUGCCGCAUGGAAGGAUGGAAAUUCGCUUCACGAUGACAGUUUUAAUAAAAUGGAUUGUCUCGUCUCUGCUGUUGGCACUGAUGAAGAAAUUGUUUAUAGCAAAUCUACAGCACUUCAAACAUGGCUCUUGAGUUAUGAACUCACUGAUACAAUUAUGAUCCUUGCUAAGGAAUCCAUCUACUUUUUGGCCAGUAAAAAGAAAAUUGAAUUCUUGAGAAAAGUCGAAGGAUUAAAAUCUGAAGAUUGUGAUAUUCCACCUGUUAAACUUCUCGUCAGAGACAGAUCGGACGAAGAUAAGGCGAAUUUUGCGAAAUUAAUUGAAGUUAUCAAAGAAAGUAAAAAGGGAAAAACUUUGGGCGUAUUUUCGAAAGAAAAUUAUCCAGGAGCAUUUAUGGACGCCUGGCGAGCUGCUUUAAGAACUGAAUCAUUUGAUACUGUUGAUGUAAGCGCCGCAGCCGCUUAUAUUAUGUGUCCAAAGGAAGAUAUUGAAAUUCUCACAAUAAAGAAAGCAUGUCUCGUAUCUGUUGAUGUCUUUAUGAAGUAUCUGAAGGAACAAAUUAUGGAAAUUAUCGAUUCAGAUAAGAAAGUGAAACACUCGAAACUUGCGGAAGGUGUCGACGCGGCUAUUUCAAAUGACAAAUAUGUGAGCAGUGUGGACACAUCACAAAUUGAUAUGUGUUAUCCAGCAAUUAUUCAAAGUGGUGGACAUUAUUCUUUGAAAUUCAGUGUCGUUAGUGAUAAAAAUGUACUUCAUUUUGGUGUUAUUGUGUGUUCUCUCGGGGCGAGAUACAAAUCCUAUUGUUCAAAUAUUGUCAGGACCAUUUUGGUCAAUCCAACAAAAGCAAUUGAAGAAAAUUACAAUUUUCUGUUACAAUUGGAAGAAGAGAUUUUAAAGAAAUUAACAUCGGGAACAAAAUUAAGCGAUGUUUAUGAAACUGGUGUGAAAUUUGUGAAAGAUCAAAAACCGUCAAUGUUGGAUCAUUUAACGAAAAAUUUUGGUUUCGCCAUGGGCAUUGAAUUUAGGGAGAGUUCACUUUUAUUGGGACCAAAAACAAGUGCAACAGCAAAGAAGGGAAUGGUUUUUAAUGUUAAUGUUGGCCUCUCAAAUUUGAGUAAUCCAGACGCGAAGGAUAAAGAGGGAAAAGUCUAUGCACUUUUUAUUGGAGAUACUGUUAUGGUCAAUGAGGAACAACCGGCAUCAAUUUUAACCCCGUCGAAGAAGAAGGUGAAAAAUAUUGGAAUUACAUUCAAAGAAGACGACGACGACGACGGUGAGGAAAGUGAACCGGAAGUUACUAAACAGAAAGAAAUUUUGGGUAGAGGUAAAAGAACUGCCGUGAUUGAAUCGAAAUUAAGAACUGAACAUAGUUCGGAAGAAAAACGAAAACAACAUCAAAAAGAAUUGGCACAGCAACUUAAUGAAGUGGCAAAAGCUCGUUUGGCACAAAAAUCGGGAACUAAGGAACAAGAGAAAAUACGAAAAUCAACAGUUUCUUAUAAAUCGACAAAUCAUAUGCCACGAGAGCCAGAAGUUUCCGAUCUAAAACUUUAUGUUGAUAAGAAAUACGAAACUGUAAUUUUGCCAAUUUAUUCGUACCCUGUACCAUUUCACAUAUCAACGAUAAAAAAUAUAUCGCAAUCCGUUGAGGGAGAUUAUACGUAUCUUAGAAUAAACUUUUUCCACCCUGGCGCAACGAUGGGACGCAAUGAAGGUGGAACUUAUCCACAACCUGAUGCCACUUUCGUUAAAGAAGUAACGUAUCGAAGUACGAAUACCAAAGAACCGGGUGAGAUUUCAGCACCGUCGUCAAAUUUAAGUACGGCUUUUCGAUUAAUUAAAGAGGUGCAGAAAAAAUUCAAGAAUCGAGAAGCUGAAGAGAAGGAAAAAGAGGAUCUUGUUAAACAAGAUACAUUGGUUCUUUCGCCAAAUAAAGGUAAUCCCAAGCUUAAGGAUUUGUAUAUUCGUCCAAAUAUUGUCACAAAAAGAAUGACAGGUGGACUUGAGGCGCACACGAAUGGUUUUCGUUAUACGUCAGUGAGAGGUGACAAAGUCGAUAUUCUCUAUAAUAAUAUUAAAAAUGCCUUCUUCCAACCCUGCGACGGUGAAAUGAUUAUUCUACUUCAUUUUCAUUUAAAGCAUGCCAUUAUGUUCGGUAAAAAGAAACACGUGGAUGUACAAUUUUAUACGGAAGUAGGAGAAAUUACAACAGAUCUUGGAAAACAUCAACACAUGCAUGAUCGUGAUGAUCUUGCUGCCGAACAAUCAGAACGAGAAUUGAGGCACAAAUUAAAAACUGCAUUUAAGAGCUUUUGUGAAAAAGUGGAGAGUUUAACGAAGCAGGAAAUUGAAUUCGAUACUCCAUUUAGAGAACUUGGUUUCCCUGGUGCACCAUACAGAAGCACUGUUCUUUUACAACCAACAAGUGGUUGUCUUGUUAAUCUCACAGAAUGGCCACCAUUUGUAAUUACACUCGAAGACGUUGAACUUGUUCACUUUGAAAGAGUUCAGUUCCAUUUGAAAAAUUUCGAUAUGAUCUUCGUUUUCAAGGAUUAUCAUAAAAAGACAGCUAUGGUCAAUGCUAUUCCAAUGCACAUGUUAGAUCAUGUCAAAGAAUGGUUAAAUUCGUGCGAUAUUCGAUAUUCGGAGGGUGUACAAUCAUUGAAUUGGGGAAAAAUUAUGAAAACAAUUACGGAAAAUCCAGAAGAAUUUUUCGAGACUGGCGGAUGGUCGUUUUUGGAUCCCGACAGUGAUAAUGAAAAAGAAGAAGUAGAUGAUGAAGAAGAGGAUGAAGAUGAAGCAUAUGAACCAACUGACAUUGAAAGUGAAGAAGAAUCGGACGAUGAAUCAGAAUAUUCGGAGGCAUCUGAAGAUUCAGACAGUGUUGAUGAGGAUGAUCUUGGAAGUUCUGAAGAAUCUGGUAAAGAUUGGUCAGAUUUAGAGAGGGAAGCUGCCGAGGAAGACAAAGAGCGAGGGGAAUAUGUUGAAGUUUACUCUUCAAAUAAGAAAAAAUCACGGGAUCAUCAUUCAUCUUCAAAGGAUAGGCAUAAUUCCAAGCACAAAAGUUCGUCAAAUUCAAAAAGUAAAAGCUCGUCCAAUAGCAGAGACAAGGACAGAAGAUCGUCGGACAAACACAGAACGGAUCGAUCACGGAGUGGAGGAUCACACAAAUCUCCAUCCAAAUCAUCCAAACACAGUCCGAAGAAGAACGAUCGACACGAUAGGAACAAUAAACAUGAUAAACAUGACAGAAACAGUAAACACGAUAAACGCAAAUCUUCGCAUUCUUCAUCUAGUGGCAAGAAACGUUCUCGUGAUGACAGUGGCGAUAGAAAAAGUUCCAAAAAAUCGAGGAAAUAAAGUGAGGUGAACAUGUGAGAUCAGUGAUAGAUAAAAAGAAAAAGACAAUUUCAACACUUCACAAGUUAUUGUAUUUUUUUAUUCAAAAAAAAAAAAAAAAAAAAAAAAAAAAUGUUAAAUUUUAGUGGUUUUUUUAUUUCCAAAUAAUUUUGAACGUUUUACUUUUUUUUUUUUUUUUUAAUUUUUUCAAAUUAUUACCACCACAAGAAUAUUUGUAUAGUAUUUGUACUCGUCAGUACAUUUGAAUAAUUUAAUUUUAAUCAUAAAAAAAAUAUCCAACCGAUUACUCAAAUUUGAAAGAAAAUGAAAUAUUUGGAAUAAAAAAAUCAUUUUCUAUGGAAUUGUUCUACGAGACUUUUCUACGUUCUUAAAAGAAAACAAAGUCGAUAACUCAAAUUCUUUGAUAACUAAUUUCAACGUUUUUUACAUAAAUGUAUACGUUAGUACAAAAUACAAAAAAAAAGAAUUUUCUACAAGAAAUGAAACUGAGAGUGAAAAAUUGUAUGAUUUCAAAAUUUUUUUAAUAUUGCAAAUUUGUCCGUAGAAUUCCAUUGACACAUACAAAAAAAACUACGUUUUUUUUUUUGCUCACGAAUUUUUUUUGGCGAAAAAUAAUUUAAUUAAUAAAAAAUAUAAGUUUGUAUAAUUGUCAUUCGUUUAAAUAAGUUAUUUGAUACAUUAAUUGCUUAAUAAUUAAUGUUUCUGUGUAUUGAUAAUAGAAGUUUACUUAUUUUUCUCGAAAUGUUGUUCCAGGAUAUUUUGAAUAAAAAAAUAGACACUCCAUAAA